AUGAGACCACCUAACAUUCCUUUGAUCACCGUCCUAUCGGUGCUUCUAAUGCUAUCUUGUCUUCUAGGCAGCGUAGCCGGGCUUGGUCCCCGACAGCAUCGGGGUGCUCGCAAAGAUGUGCGCGGCAAUACUUUCAUCGAAGCUCGCAAUCCCUUGGGUAACGCUCUCGCUGAUGGUUAUGGUCCACCUCCUCCCUAUUAUACGGGGGAACCAGUUGCUCCAACUGAUUUGACUUCUUAUCACACUCUCGAGGAGUCCACUGCAACAGAAACUCAGCUUGGAGCUUCUCAAGCUAGUGUGACAUCUAAGUCAAAGGUUUCUUCUCACUAUGAUACUGUCUCUUCUGGCAGCUCCUCUCUCUCUGUAUCCUCAGCACUCGAGACCGGCACUGCCAUGAUAACUGUCGGUUCAAGCGCCAAGGCUGGCAAUACAUCCGGCUCCGAGGCAUCGUCGAAUGUUCACUUAACAGCUUCGAGCUCUUUCCUUGGGACUGAGACUUCUAGUGCUGAAACUUUCUCAAUUUCACUUGGUCAAGUUUCUACUAUUUCGGGUACUAAUUCUUCGUUGACUGGCACUUAUCCCUCUACGGUCACCUCAUCACCCGGGACGGCAACUGUAUUGCCUUCAGGUUCUGCCUCAUCUGCCACAGUCUCUGGUUUCUUUAAUGAAACAAAUACAAUCACUGAGAGUGUCUCUCACACACAAACAAUGUUGAGUGCUGAAGCUUCAGGUGAUUUCACUACAACGGAGCUUACUUCUCGCUUCGAGAGUAGCGUAGUAAAGGUUGGGUCGACAACAACGACAACAAAAAUGCUUAAUGUUACAGUGACAGUCGCGCCCAGUUCUUCAACUGGUAUUUCAUCAAGCCUUUUAUCUCUGGCUGUCCCCAUGACUGCAGACAAAACCACGACAGUCACAUUCAUCCCACAACAAAACUCAUCUGGACUUUCUACUGGCGGUCUUGCUACUGAUACUGAUUCGGCGGUGCACUCAACAUUGGGCAGUCUGGCCACUGAAUCAACCAAGUCUGUCACAAUCCAAAGCACUCUAACCGAGGUAGCUAUUUCAGAAUCGACUCAAAAGUCCACACUAGCUUCGAGCAUUCCUGUUAAUGGAACUGUGAGCCUCACUACUAGUACUACUGCCUACUUCACUGCAACAGUUGGAGUUCCUGUCCCAUCUUCUGUUCUGCCAAGUUCAUCUGGCAUUUCAAGACCUACUAUUGUUGCUUCUGAUGACUCGUCAGGGGCUGGAACAGGAGACUCAUCGGUGAGCAUGGCAUCUAUUACUGUUGCCUUUUCCACCACAGUUACCACAAGCAAGACAUACACUAUACUCAACGUCACCUUACCAGCAACAAGCUCUUCUUUCUCUCCAGUUUCGACCUUCGUGACUAGCGCGAGCGCUGGUGUUUCCGAGUCGAAUAUUGCUACAACCUCGAACCAAAUGUCUUCAGAGACUCUCUUUGCAUCAACAGCUCUACCCAUCAAUGCGACCUCUGACUCAUUCACCAAGUCCUUUGUUGUGACUACCGUGUCUGAGGGCUCGGUUAUUACUAUCUUCCCAAGCGGUAUCAUUCCAACCAAGAGCGCUUCAAGUAUGAUGAACAACUCUGUUUCUACACAGUAUUCCACAUUUGCCCCUUCGCGCUUCAAUUCGUCUAUGUCCAUCAGACGGACUUCAUUGUCUUUUCAGACAGACUCCUGGUUUGACUGGCCGACUUCGACGCUGACGACUUCACAUACUUUGGAACCAACUUUGGAGGUUCCGUCACUUUCUUUUCCAAGCUCUUGGCUCUCGAUCAUUACCACACCAAUGACGCCUCCCAGUGUGUCUGCAACGUCAACUCGAGGCCCAACUGAUGGCUCAGCAUUUGGCAACGUAACGGUGAUCAAGACAACAAUGACUUCUACCAUCAGUAGCAGUCUCGCACCAACAGGCCUAUCCUCGUCUGGCAAUGUCACGGUGGCCCAUACCACUAGUGGGUACAACUUUUCUGAAAGUGUGGGAUCCAGCAAGAGCGCAUUCAGUUCUCAGUCGACCUCUCUCAACAGCUUUUCUGGUAUCAGUACCGUCAUCAUAUCUAAGCAGCCUACCAACUUCCCCUUCCCAACCAACACAAGCUUGGUUUGGCAGUCGGAAGCAUCUUCAGUGUCACUCUCUGAAUCUGGCAAAACCACCAGCCCCAAAGGCAGUGAUGCUACAUUCUCUGUGACAACAGCUGGGUUCAAUAGCACUGCUCCUUAUACCAACUCGACUACCAUUACGGCCAGUGAAAUAUAUCCUUCAAGUAAUGGGGAUGGGACGCCGUCCAUGAUUACUUCAGGGGCCUCUGCGUCGUGGAACACGACUAGCAGCGCUCAGAGGUUCACCAACUCAACUAUCCAGACAACAGUUACCUCUACCCACAUUGGCUCUGGUCUAGUUUCUGGAACUCAAACUUUGAGCGAUGCAGCUGCCGUCACUCCUCAACCGCCCGCUUCGCUGAACAUGUGA